GCAUGCAUGACUCAAUGCAAAAUGUGUGUUAGUGCUUGUCAGUGUUUUCUUAACCCACAUGGGCUCCGGUUACCUGUGUGUACUUUAUUGUGGGCGGAUCUGCUCAGGAAAGAACAGGUAUAAGUGUGUGAAUCCUCGUACGCUUGGAUGCAUUCACAGUUUUUCAGCUUGGCAGCAGUUUUAAUGAGAUACACAAAGGAUUACAAUGCGAGCAGUACUUUUCUCUUGAACUGAAGGCCAUCCAGAGAGAAGAACACCUCACUAUGGCGUUGGGGUUUUCCCAGGAUCAGGUGGCGUGUGUGUGUGAGGUUCUGCUUCAGAGCGGAUGCAUCGACCGUUUAUCGUCUUUCCUUCGUUCUGUACCUUCUCUCUCCACAUGCUCUUCGUCCUCGUACCUGGGCCCACAGCACACAGUGGAGAGCGUGUUGAAGGCAAAGGCGGCUGUGGCCUUCCAUCAGUGCCGGUUCAGCGAGCUCUACACUCUUAUCGAGGGCAACAUGUUCUCUCCACGCAGUCACUCGCUUCUCCAGCAGCUCUGGCUCCGGGCGCGCUACCUUGAGGCCGAGCUGCAGCGAGGGCGCCCUCUUGGAGCAGUGGGCAAAUACCGUGUACGGCGCAAGUUCCCCCUGCCUCGAACUAUCUGGGAUGGGGAAGAGACCAGCUACUGCUUUAAGGAGAAGUCACGGUGUGUGCUGAGAGAGUGGUACUGCCGGAAGCCUUACCCGUCACCGAGAGAGAAGAGGGAGUUAGCCACAGUGACCGGACUCACAGCCACUCAGGUCAGCAAUUGGUUCAAGAACCGCCGUCAGAGGGACAGAGCUGCUCAGGGACGCAAAGGACAAAUGGAGGAUGCUGUGCCAGACUGCUUGAACUCAGAUGGUACAGCUAGACGUUCACUCCACAGGUCUGACGAUGACCUUUCACCUCCACAGAGCCCGAGCUCGAGAGCAGAACUGCUUCCCUGUACGCAGCUCUCCGCAUCUCAACCUCCACCUCUCCGGCACCUGGGAGCUGCACACUACUUUCACUACUGAUGCGACCUGAGCCUUCAGUGCAAACUCAACACAUUUAUUUGAGCUGGAGAAUAAACGUGGAUAAGACAGUUACUGCCCCCCAGUGAGAAGCUCAACGUCCUUGAUGAUCUGAUUAGUCUGUAAUGAAAACACUGUACUCGCCUUAUCAAGAGAAUAGAAAGAAAAUGUCUUUAUGCUACAAGAAAUCCAAAUUUUUAACAUGUUCCUUAUCUGCUUGUAUUUUAAGCUUAAUUUUGUUACAAACAAUAUUCACUUUAUAUUACAAGACUGUAAAACAUUUUUGCCUGCAAGCACGUGGUGCAAUUCUGCAACAAACUGAUGUACAAGUUUUUUUUGUUUCCUCGGUUACUUUUACUUAUGCACCAUUUUGUUGUUUUUUAAAGUAAAAAAAAUGUUUUGUAAAAUGUAAAAAAAAAAAAUCAUUUUAUUGUCUUUACAGUUGUCUUUGAUAUAUCAUUGUGGGAUUAUGGUUUUCAAAAUACUACGUUUUUCAUGACAUUUAAAUGCAAUUUCUCAAGAAAUUUGACCCUAACUCUAACCCACAGCGCUAGUCUUAGCUGCCAGCUAGCUAACAAGCAGAGUAUGCUACCUAAUGUAUAUUUUUGUAAA